AUGAAUAAACUGUCUCCUAAUCGGCAAAAUCCGGAAAUCUGUUUUGGGAUAGGUGAUUACAAAAAGAAGAAUUAUUAUCUAGCACGAGGGUUUGAAGAAUUGAAAGCAACGUUAAAAGAACACAAUAAGAGCUUGUCAGAUCAGAGAAGCUUGAGACUGCACUCGACGCAUGCUAUAUUUCAAGACCGAGAAUGGACACCCAGAGUGGUAUGCGCUUUAGUGCUAAGGAAAUAUAUUUAUCAAGCUUUCCUCUGUGGAACAGAUAGAGUAUUCAUUUCAGACCAUCAAUCGUUUUCUGGAUUUUUUAGGUAUAAUAUUGCAAACGAUGGAAUUAUGGUAAUAAACUACUACGUUAUUAACGAUCCUGAGACUGUGGAACAUGGAAUUACUUUAAGGUCUGCAAUUGCAGGAUUUUUCUACGAAGAGAGAAAAGAGGCACUUGAUUCAAAGGAGCGACUAGCGAAAGCGCUUGAGGUAGGGACUAAAACAAAAGGGAAAGACCCGUUUUAUAACGUAGUUCCUAGACCUGUAGAAGAACCUUCCCAGGAUCGUAAGCGUAGUAAACUAUCUGGAAGUGAACUCAGACGCGAAUUGAAGCCCAUUGAAGAAAAUAUCGAUUACGAUGAUUUUGAUGAAAUCCAUGGUAAUACAUGCUGUCGCAGAGUCUACGAUGCAAGCAAAUGCUACCCCAGUCUAAGAUCGAUACUUCCCACUGAUGUGUUUGUUAAAUUGUACAACUAUCCUGACCUGGCAUUCGAAAACUUCCCCGAGAAAGAUAGCUAUUAUGACAUGUUUGUUAAUGAACUAGAGAUUAAUAAAAUACUCGCAAAGUCUCAAUUUGCAUCACAUUUUCCAAAACUCAUUAUAUCAGGAUAUUUAAAUGGGGUACCAAGUCAACCAAUGCAUAUAUUUGAGGAUCUAGGAGAAGAAUUAUCGAUGUCUAAAUGGGAUUACAAGAAGGUAUAUGGAGUAAUUAAAUCGAGACUCGAGGAGAUUCAUCUUUUGGGGAUUUGCCAUAAUGAUGUCAGGGCGGCUAAUAUUCAUGUUUCGGUAAGUGGUAAAAUCUCCUUAAUAGACUUUGGAUUAUCAGUUUUCCCAUGUAAGGAAAAGUGUAAAAGAAGAGAUUUUGAGGCAUUGGAUGACAUUUUUAGAGCAUAUGUUGACACUCGGCAAGAAGACAUGAGAGAAGGGAGUACCAAUCAUUCGAGAAGCAGCGAAAAUGACGAGACGAGUUCUUCAGAUGAAGUGAUCUUUGACAAAGAGAAAAAAGAGUCUCAAAAAGAGUCUCAAAACAAUUAUAGACAUUCUGAUUUGCGCACUGGCUGUCGUCCGAUUCUUUCUUGA